GGACAACAAACGCGGGUCUGGCGGAGAGCGGCGGCGCUCGGAGACCGCGAGGCGACCGGGAGCGGCUGGGCCCCCGGCGGCGCGCCCCUCGGCCGGGCCGGGAGCCGCGUCAGUCGGUGCCCCCAGCCGAACGCGGUUCGCCUCCCUCCGAGCGAUCAGCUGUCCGGAGUGUGACCAGAGGGCAUGCGGGAUCCACCAGAGGUGCCGCCGCCUGCUCUCGCAGGCCGCGGAUGAAGAAGAAAGCGCGGCCUCGCUCGGCCGGGAGCGAAGAGGUGACCCGGAACGAAGAGGUGUCCCGGAGCGAAGAGGUGGUCCGAAGCGAAGAGGCGGCCCUGAGUGAAGAGGUGGCCCGGAGCGAGGAAAUGGCGGCAGCAGGGCUCAGCGUGACCGUCACCCACAGCAAUGAGAAGCAUGAUCUUCAGGUUAUCCCACAAGAGGGCUGUAGUGAACCAAUUGUCCAAGACCUGGCCCAGGUUGUUGAAGAGGCCACAGGGGUCCCACUGCCUUUUCAGAAACUCAUAUUUAAGGGAAAAUCUCUGAAGGAAAUGAAGACACCUUUGUCUGCACUUGGAAUACAGAAUGGUUGCCGGAUCAUGUUAAUUGGGAAAAAGAACAGUUCAGAAGAAGAAGUAGAACUAAAAAAGCUGAAAGAUUUGGAGAGAUCUGUGGAGAAGAUAGCUCACCAACUGGAAGAGUUGAAUAAAGAGCUUACUGGAAUCCAGCAGGGUUUUCUGGCCAAGGAUUUGCAAGCAGAAGCUCUCUGCAAACUUGAUAGGAGAAUAAAAGCCACCAUCGAGCAGUUUAUGAAGAUCUUGGAGGAGAUUGACACACUGAUUCUGCCAGAAAAUUUCAAAGACAGUAGAAUGAAAAGGAAGGGUUUGGUGAAAAGGAUUCAGGGUUUCCUAGCUGAGUGUGACACAGUGGAGCAGAACAUCUGCCUGGAGACGGAGCGACUGCAGUCCACAAACUUGGCCCUGGCCGACUGAGGGGCAGCGGAGGAGGCUAUGCUACCCUGAAGAAUGGCUGCCCCACUCUGCCCUCUCUGGAGCAGCAGUUACCUGCUUUCUCCAGGGCUGCUGGGGACAGCUGGCCCAUGGCUGGCGUUGCUUUUCUUACACCCGCUCUCUGAACAAAUGUCAUCCAUACAAUCUUGAGAGCUCCCAUCAGUUUUCUCAUUCUAUGUCUGGGUAUCUGUGCUGCCUAGCAGCCCACCUGGUCUGGAGGGGCCUCCCCUGCCCAGGUCUUCCAGCUUUUUUGAACUUUGGGUCCUUUCUUGGGGCUGACGAGUACUCUCUCUUGUCCUCAGGUGGUUCUGGGUUUGUAGGCCAUCCUGGUCUUCAGGUCCAUGAGGCCUUUUUCCUCUAUGACGUCAUCAUUCCAUCUCUAAGUCAGGAUCACCAGGAGGCUGCAUCAGGUCAGGAUGUUGGAAAUGGCUCAGAACAAGUAUUUGGCACACAGGUAGUCCAAGUGUCCCUUGUUGUGACCUCAUUCUGGGACAGCUGGCUGAGUUGUUGGUUUAUAGACCCUGUCCUCACUUCCCAGUGACCCUAACCAGCCACAGGCCAUGAAUCUCCAGGGGCCAUUCCUGGGAGUGGGGCCUGUGAUUGAUAUGUGAACUUCCUUGUCCCCAAGCAAAUCUCUAGAAGGUUCAAACCCAGAGUUUACUAAGUCUCUGCGAGAAACCAGGUCAGAACCAUGGCUUAGGAGCGGUAGAGAGAGGAGCUAUGGGUAAAGCCAGCAGGUGGUGAGGGCAACCAUAAACUUCUCAGGAGUUCCUUCAAAGGCAUUUCUGUUAACUGUACCCUUCUGAGAUUUAUAUUUCCUUCAAGACUGUUUCUGUGUUUUGUUGCCUUUUUUCCCUUUGCUGUUAUUUGAAAAAUAAAAGUUUAUAUACUUA